AUGACAUCGCCUUUGGGGCCUUCGGCGCCCUGGUCGGUCAUGGGCCUCGCUACGUUGCUGGGCAUGCUUUGGGUGGAUUGGGUCUUCGACACCGGUGGCUCGAUCCAAGAGGCCAAGGUUUACUACUGCGCCCUCCUGCCGACGCUCUUUUCGUUCCCACAGUGCCUGCGCAUCCUGAUGCCGGUGGCCUUCUCUGGGGUCCACAUCCUGGCGAACCUGUCAGAGCCCUCUGGCGCCAGAGUGGCUCACUUCGCCACCUGUGCUGUGCUUCUAUUUGGUGGCCUUCCAUGCUUCUACAUCUCUGUUCGAGCUGUGCAGUCGAUGUGCAGCGACACCGACAUGGCGGAGCAAAUCAAGACACUGCAGCGGGCGCACGCGGCUUUGUUUGUCAUCUUUCUGGCAAGUAUCGCCUUGGAAACAGCUGGCCAUGCUGCGAGGACGAAGUCGAAAGAGCAGUGA